UUUGUGUGGUUAAAUUAAAAUAAUAAAGGACAGCCUAAAAUAUUUUGUGAAUAAUAAAAUAAAACUGUGAAGAAAUAUGCUGCAUUUGAAUCGUUUUUGUGCAGCUAAUCGGAUUGGUGUUAUUAGACAAUUUUAUUUUCAUCAUUCACUAGCACCGACAGCAGCUUCAGUCAGGCUGGUGCGAAAAUGUUCCACAAAAUCGCUACAAACAGAACAGCCGGUGCCAGAGUUAAAAGCCGAUAGCGCCGGGCCGAAUGUGGCAUGGAAUACCAUUUAUCACUUUCCAGGAAUAAUGCUUACAGCUUCAAUUAAGCGGCUGCGGUUGUACCCAAUUGCGUUUGCAGCGUUUACUGUUCCUGUAUCGAUCGCUCUUGCUUACAGCGAAAUUUGUUCAAUUAUGACAUCACAAAUUUGCGGAUCGUUAGGUCUAUCUAGUACGCUAACGCUUCUAUUGUUUAGUUAUUUUACAAAUAACCUCGUUGGGUAUGUCUACACCGAUGAGCGCCUCCUGCAUGUUAAAAUUUCCUAUGUGGACUUUCAUGGAAAACGGCAGGAUCGAGUUUAUCCCAUAGACGAAAUCGUACCGCGAACUGAGCUUGGACGGUCGCUAUUUAAGUUCUAUUUUCCAGUUAAGAAUCCCAAUAAUACUGAAGUGUACAAGCUGAUCCAUCGCUAUGGACAAAUUUACGACGUGCAAGCAUUUUCGACAGUGUUUGGGAAAGAUUGAUGACCGUCUACGACUAAUA